UGGAGGAGUACAACUACAAAGAAUCUGAUUGAUGCCAUGCCACAGCCAAGUUUCAUUUACUGACACAUUCAGCUACCUAUGUGACUAUGUCCCUCCCUUCUUUUCUUUCUCUUUCUCUCUCUCAAACAAGAACAACUCAAUAUCAAUAAUAAUAAAUGUGGCUACUUUGAAUUGAAAACGUGGAGAAGGAUGGGUCAAGGUGGUCUUAGUUGUAGAGGUAGUCAUGAACAUGGACUCUUUCGUGCUGUCCAACAUGGUGACCUCAAAACUGUUUCUACUCUUUUACAGACUCACCCUUCUCUUCUCAAUCGUACUACCGUUUAUGAUCAUCAUUCCCCUCUUCAUAUUGCUGCUGCCAAUGGUCAGAUCCAGGUUUUAUCUAGGCUUUUAGAUGGAUCUACAAAUCCAGAUGUGUUGAAUCGACAAAAGCAGACCCCACUUAUGUUGGCAGCAAUGCAUGGAAAGAUUGAUUGUGUGGAAAAGUUGCUUGAAGCUGGUGCUAAUGUUUUAAUGUUUGAUGUGUGUCAUGGAAGAACUUGCUUGCAUUAUGCUGCUUACUAUGGUCAUUCUUCUUGCCUUAAGGCAAUACUUUCUGCUGCUCGAUCUAGUCCUGUGGCUGCUUCUUGGGGGUUUGCACGGUUUGUGAAUAUUAGAGACGGUAGAGGUGCUACACCGUUGCAUUUGGCAGCUCGUCAAAGACGGCCUGAAUGUGUGCACAUUCUAUUGUGUAGUGGAGCUCUUGUUUGUGCUUCAACUAGCAGAUAUGGAUGUCCCGGGAGUACUCCACUUCAUCUAGCAGCUAAAGGAGGAUCUCUCGAUUGCAUCCGCGAAUUAUUAGCAUGGGGUGCAGAUCGUCUCCAACGUGAUGCAUCUGGGCGGAUACCAUAUGUGGUUGCUUUGAAGUACAAGCAUGGAGCAUGUGCAGCAUUGCUAAAUCUUUCAUCUGCACAGCCUCUUGUAUGGCCAUCAUCAUUGAAGAUAAUCAGCGAGCUUAAUCCAGAGGCUAAAGUUUUAUUAGAGCAGGCCUUGUUGGACGCGAACAGGGAAAGGGAGAAAAACAUAUUGAAAGGCAGUCCUUACUCUCUUCCAUCUCCACACUCUGAUCGAAUAGAUGACAAUAUAUCUGAGGUUAGCGAGACGGAAUUAUGCUGCAUCUGCUUUGAGCAGGUGUGUACAAUUGAGGUCCAAGACUGUGGCCACCAGAUGUGUGCACAAUGCACACUAACACUCUGCUGUCACAACAAGGCCAACACUUCAACUUCGCAUCCCAUCCCACCCAUCUGUCCAUUCUGUCGAAGCGCUAUAUCUAAACUGAUGGUUAUCAAGGUAGAAACUCACGAAGACAUGGAUCUAGACGGCGCUGAUACCACUUGUUUCAAGCCAAGCAAGUCAAGGAAAUUUCGUAACAUGAACGAGGGUAGCAGCAGCAGUUUCAAGGGAUUGUCCAAUGUGAAUUCAUUCGGAAAAAUGAGCGGCCGUAGUUCCGGGAUGAUUGCUUCCGAAAAUGAAUACGUUGAUGAUAAGCCACAAUGAUGUUGAUACCUAUUGUUGUGUUUUUGCUGAUGAGUGAAUGAUAAUUGCAUAUGCAACUAUGCUUGAUAAGCAAGGUAAAAUGAAAGUAAAAAAAAAGGAAGAGUUCAAUAUGCAAUAUUGAGAACUAAGCAAAGUGUGCAUCAUCAUGACAUGUUGUAAAUUGUAAUGUCAAUGAAAGUAUACUGCAUCCAUUAAAUUUGAGAAAAUUCUUUUUUCUCAUUAGUUAAGGUCUAAAAGACCAUAAAGAAAAUGUAUUGUGUAUUAUUAUUUGCUUCUGAAUGUAACAACAAAAUGAGCAAUAAAAUAUGAAAGGGAAAGGCAUGGCCUAUUAUUGGUUGUCA